AUCAGUGAAAUCUCAACAAACAGCAGGUGUAGGGCGCCUCCUGGUUGUAGUAAUGGAAGGAAUGAAACUGAAGGCUCGUUCCAUAAAUGUUCGUCGUAGAUGCCCACUUGGCAAGCUUCAAGUCAUAGUGAUAGAGGCGUGUGAGCUGUUCUGUAACCAGAGUAAAGGACAGAGUGACCCAUAUUGUGAAGUCAGUAUGGGCUCCCAGGUACACAAAACUAAAGUUGUGUCAAAUUCGAUCAAUCCAAAGUGGAACUCCUCCAUGCAGUUUCUUGUGAAAGACCUGAAGCAAGAUGUAUUGUGUAUAACAGUUUUUGAUAGAGAUCUGUUUUCUCCAAAUGACUUCCUUGGUAGAACUGAGAUCAGAGUUGCGGAGAUACACAAGUACACCAAAGAAACAAUGGGACCAGUCACACAACGUUUGCUGUUGUAUGAAGUUGAAACAGGAGAAGUUGUUUUAAAGUUUGAUCUUCAGUUGUUCAACAAUUAAUGAAGGAAAAGGAUAGAAUUAUAUUAAAAUGAUAACUAUUGAGGUCAAGUUCAUGAGUUGUUGCUUGAAUGUCUUGGUUUAAUAUGCUACAACAUAAAUUCUAACUCUAUCACUUAACACCUGUAGGUACAGAUUUAAAGUUGAUUUGACCUCCUGAGAACACUAAAGAUGUAAUGUUCCUCAUUGGCUAUUAUUGAUUCUAACAUAAACAUUUAGAAAAGAACAUUUUCAGUAUAUUUUUUUUUAUGUAAAAAUAACAUUUUCAAAUGUU